AUGUCUUACGUUCCUCCCCACCUUCGCGCAGCAGCAGCUGCCUCCACUGUGGAUGCCUCCGCGAAUUACCGCACCACUACGCCAAAACCCUCUGCCAGAUUCCUCGAGUCCGACGGCAACCCUAGGAGCACGGCAGACUCUUUCUCUUACUCUGGUCGUCGUUCGGGUGGCGUCGCUCAGCCGACGAAGGCCUUCCCCGAGCCGGCCUUUGGGAAGUGGCAGCCUUCCGAUCGGGUGCUCCGUCUCACACCUGAACAGGUGAGUGGCUUGCAAUGUUUCUGCACCCAGCAGCCGGCUUUCGUCGGGUUCUUGCCGGACGUUCUUCCAAAGGACCACGGUCGACACUUUUGCGUUCAUACUGCUUUCCAAUGCGCUUCCUGUUCCAUUCUCAUCCUUAAAAAAAUUUCGUGCGAGUCGUAACUGGGUUUGUGACCGUGUAUACGUUUGCGUCUUCUCCAUCCUAAUAUUUCAUUCCAACGUUGGCAUCGACCUUGUUAGUCAUCUCUCCAUGAUCAGCCAUUAGUUUUUAUGUAUGCUCCAUGUAUAUGAAUAGGAAACCGGUCGCUUUUUUUUCAAUCUGUACUCGACCCGUUUCUUUAAAUCUGCGUGGCUGACUGGUGAAACAUGUCCAACGUUAAGACGAGGCAACUUAUGUUACCCAUUCAUGCUAGACUGGUUUUUCACUUGAAAACGAGAACCAUACCAUUCGGUCAUUGCUUUCUUAUGCUAGUGUUGGGAAUGAUGGAGGAUUUUCGGGGUGCACACUGUGUUGUACGGUGCUGAUUGUACUCUGGACACUUGGUUUAGUGAAAACACUGUUUCAUGCACUCCAAAUCUCCUUUUAUGUAUGAUAAAUGUUAUAUUUAGACUUAUUAGGCGUGUCUCUGACAAUAGCUAAUGUCGAUUGAGCAAGAACCUAACUCUGACCGACUUAAUUGCUUAGGAGACUUGAAAUCGCCUCCAUAUACUUUUAAAAAUGCUGCACCAUUUGGUUUUUAAAGUCCGGAAAAGAAUGUGAAGGUAGGGUUCCCAGAAUAUAUAGUUGAAUAUAUGAUGCAUUGAUCGUCGAAGAAAAUUUCCCAGAAAAAGCUGGCAUGUUUCAAAUAAAACCAUAAUUGGUGCCAGGAACGUUGACCUGGAAGAAGUCAUAAAUUCGUUGUGACGCUCUCUAGUUUCUUGUAAAAGCUUUUUUAUUAAAUGAUGAUUUUAUUUUAGGUAAGGUGAGGAAGUUAGUUUUAAUCAAGCCGUUGCAUACUUAGCGCCACCCCUCCCAGGCUUUUCUAGACAAGAUAACUUUCCAUUUCAUCUGUAGCGGCCGUGAACAUUGUAAACAGCAUAAAUUUCCGUUUCACCCUUAAACCACUCUUCCCAGAUGUUUUCUUUUCAAGGAUUGGAACUGAUGUAUAAUAUUUAAUCCAUAGUAGCUAUAGACUUGUUGUAAGCCUUUUGAUGAAACAUAACUUUAUUAAUAAAUGUUACAGAUAGGAACAAUUGCCCUUUUUAUAUUUCCCCAUCAAAUUUUGUGUAAAAAAGAUUUUUGGCCUUUUUUGCUGGGAUGUUAAUAAGAGAUAUUUAGCGGGUCUUUCAGAUACACAGGAUUUCAGCAACUAGCUGAUUUCUUCAAAGUGACUGUUGAUACUCUGGGCAUUCUUUUUGCUGCCCAUACACCUAGUCAAAUAACUAAGACAAUAAUCUCAAAAUUAUUACUGUGAAGAGUUUUUUUUCGCGUUUCUUUCGUUUGUUGAUAAAUCAUCUGAAACAUCAAAAAAGUAAGGUUUACUUUUCUGCCGAUGCCUGUUUUACGAUUUAUGAGUUCGCUUUUUAUCGAUUUUUUUAUCAGAAUGUCUAUACCGAUCAGUGAAAACGCUGAUCAGAACACUUCCUUGUAAAAUUUGUUAAAAUUAAUGUCUCGUCCAAUGGAUGAUUUCAGAUUGAUUUCAUUGCGAAUAGACUUCCAUAUUUCGAAGUAAAUUUUCUUCAUUUGGAAAGUUUCCAAUUCCAAUAAAAUGUCUACAAUUUGUCUGUGGAAACCUUGGUAUAUUUAAUUUCUUCUGAGGAAAAAUAUUAUGCCAACGUUUCUUUCUUCAUUUAGGUGAUGGAAUUUUGGCUGUGAUCCACAAUGAACAAGAUCAUAUGUUAUUUUCUCACAAAAUUGCAUUUUCUGGGAUUUUUUAGAUUGAAGAAGUACGUUUGCGGCUAAAUGUUGAUGUUACAGUUUCCCCCGAUUCUCCUUCCGCAUCAGCCCCAAUUGAAUCCUUUUCGGAUAUGGUAAAUUUCACCAUUUUCCUUUUGGGUUCAUGUUAUUCAUUGCUGUUUGUUGAUAGUUCAUGUCCGUAGGUAGCUGUUUCUUAUUGUUAGACUAAUGUAUAUCAUCUUUUCUGCAGUGUUUGCAUCCCAGCAUCAUGAAGGAUAUUGCGUACCAUGACUACACUAGACCAACUUCUAUUCAGGCACAAGCUAUGCCUAUUGCUCUUAGUGGUAGGGAUAUCUUAGGUUGUGCUGAAACUGGGAGUGGGAAAACUGCUGCUUUUGCUAUUCCCAUGAUUCAGGUUUACAUAUUUCUCCAUUGUGGCUUAUCACAAAUAGACAUUUUUCGAUUUGGUUUAUCUUGUCUUUCUUGCUACCUUCAUCCCUUCUCAUUUUGGUCACUUGACGUUCGCAGCAUUGUUUGGGUCAACAACCUAUUCGGCAGGGUGAUGGACCUAUGGCAUUAGUUUUGGCUCCUACCAGAGAACUGGCCCAACAGAUUGAAAAAGAGGUAUGAACUUUUUCACCCGCUCUCUGGGAUACUUGUUCUCAAGAAUGACAUGUAACAUUGUCAACAUGUUCUGAAUAUCAAAUGAAAAAUGUUACAUGUUCUGAAUAUCAAAUGAAAACCCUGAAGAAACUUUAGAGGAAAGGAACAUUCGCUAAAAUAUGAGAAAAAUGAAAAGACAACCAACCAGAAAAUGCAGAUACUAUUUUUCAUUCUACUCAUUAAACUGGAUACUGAGGUUUGUCAUGCUAUGUUGCUUAACUUAGACUACCUUUAUACUCACUUUGGAAAUUUACUUGCUAUUGGUUUUGUUUUCACGUGUCUUUUCUUUUUCCAUCUCAUCUGUCACCCAGGUUAAGGCCUUUAGUAGAUCACUGGAGAAGUUCAGGACUGCUAUAGUAGUUGGUGGAACGAACAUUGGGGAGCAGGUGAUCUUGGCGAUGCUUUGUGUCUACCUUUAACUUAUUUCUUUGGCAAACUUUAUGUUCCGAACAAAUUUUAAUGAAAUUUCAUGACAAGAAAGUUUGAAACUAAAGUUACCUUGGUACGGUGACUGCGGAGAUUAGUGCUUUUCCUGUCGCAGUGGGAAAGUACAACUGAAAUACCUUUUUAGUACUAGAAAAAUCUAUUGAUGACUUUAUAUGAAGUGUCCACACCAUAUAUGAUGCUUCCUACCAUAAAGGUUCUGCUUCUCAUCAUCUUUAUAAAGUUCAUUAUAUCUUUUCUUUAUAAUGUUUUUUCUUUAAUUUUUAUUUUUAUUUUCUUAUUGUUGGACCAGAGGGCUGAUCUAAGAGCGGGGGUCCAAAUUGUGGUUGCAACCCCAGGAAGGUUUAUUGACCAUUUACAGCAAGGGAAUACGUCCCUUUCAAGAAUAUCAUUUGUUGUCCUUGAUGAAGCUGACAGGAUGCUAGACAUGGGUUUUGAGCCACAGAUUAGAGAGGUAUUCUGCACCAAAUUUUCCGUUAGCAUAUAUUUAUUAUUUCUUAUGCUAGACAAUGAUGCCCCAAGAAGGUAUCCUAUGUAUGAAAAGUUCAAUAUGCUGGAAAUGAACCUAUGUAUCCUCAUAGUUAGUGACCCGCAACUCUGUUUUCCCUGGUCUCUUUCAAAAGAAAAAUACUUGGUGCUUUUCGUUCAACGAAUUGUAUUUGUCCCAGUUAACCCAAACCACAAUGAUGUGGUUCGGUGCAACAAAUGGUGUAAUGAAUACUAGCUUAAGAUAGAAUAAUACCUUCCUCGACGUUUAUACCUUUCCUCUUUUGCAACAAUAAGGCAGGUGGGAAAACUUCCUAUGACACCGAUUUUUUGCUGACCUGUGCUGUAUUGGCUUUUUUUGGAAGUGUAGAUUGGCUGUUCUGGCUGGGAUUUUCGGAUUCUAGCUGAAUGAAUUGAUUCAGAUGGCAAGUCCUGUUUGAGACUAUCGUCAGCAAAGGACAUAGAACGUUUAUAAUCUAUGCUGUAUGAUGGACCUUAAGGAAAUGUUGAAGCCAUAUUUCUGUCCUCUUUGAGAGCCCGAAAUUGAAGAGCAUGGAGUUUUUAGAAUUAUUUGGUCGUUGGCUCAUGUGGGAUGAGAAUAUUGUGUUAAAUUGGAGAAAAAGUUUCAGCACAUGCUCUUGGACAGAUGCUUGAGUCUAGGCGGCAAUUUUUCAGGUCAUUUACUUCUAUAACAAAGAAGCUAAUGGGAUAUUUUGGUUUAUCCUUUUUCUUUUCUUUUCUUUUCUUUUGGUGUGGGGGGGGCACGCGAUCGCUUGGUCUAUCUUAUCCUUUGUUCUUUACGUUAUUAAUGUAUUGGUGGUACAUUACCGUCUUCCCUCAAAAUGAAAAAGCAUAAAGGACCCGUUCUAGGCAGCAAUUUCUGGGUUAGUACUGUCCUAACAGAGACGGAGAAUCCAAGUAUUCUACAGAAUCCAAAUGUGUAAAUUAUUCUGUCAUGCAUGAAAUUUGUUUGAUGCCUUUGCAUCAUAUUAAUCUUUGAUUGGCCACUUUUAUGUGAUUAGUCCUUUUUGUGGAGUUCACAACUUUGAGAUGCUGCCAGCUAACACCUUACGUAUGUUUCCGGAAAAACUCUGCUUUGUGGUAAUGCAAUGAUUGGCUGAUUAUGUUCAUCCAAACGCAGGAAAUUUUUAUCAAUGGUUUUAUCAAUUAGAGAUGACCUGACAAUGACUGAAGAAUGUUGAAGAAAAUAAUUAGUAGAUAUAAGUAGAGAGGUCUUUGAGAAGAUCAAAAAGGAUAGAAGAUCUGGUGUAUGAUGUGGUUAAUUGGAUGUAAUGCUUGACUGUAUCCUUUCUAUAAACAAGCAAGGACUGAAGGAAUUGCUGGAAGAUGGUCUAGCUUUUGUAUUUGUAUUAUGAAUGAAGCUUUAGGAAAUGUUUUCUCCAGCAAUUAUCAGACUAGGCUUUCAUUUUAAGCGCCAUUCUGUGGAUCCGUUGGAUGCUGUUGCAGAACAGUAGAAGGCUAUGACGCCCUCACUGUGUCUGAGGGUCUUAUCUCCCCUCCAAAUACGCAUCUUGUUUAUCUAAGAAAACUUCAUUAGUAUAAAAGCUCUAUAUGCAAAAGAGUUCUGAAAAUGGUUUUCAUGUAAGUUUUUAAGUAAAAGCAUGUUUGCAAUUCAACAGUUAUUUUUUUAUCCUUCCUUUCUUUUUUUCUUUUUUGUGCAUUAAUGUUUUUUUCAGCAUUUGGUCAAGAUAUAUUAUGUUCUGUUAUUCCUCGACGCAUGUUUCCCUGCUUCCAUUUCGAUAGCUUGUUUAAGCUCAGUAUCAUGCAGCAUGUACUGCAUAUUUGUUGCGAUUUUUCCUUUUUGCAUCACUGCAGAAGUUCUGGAGCCCUUAUGAGGCAAGUUUAAUCCAUGAGGCAGUCGUUUAUAUAAUCUGAGGUUGUGUUUUAUGUUGUUGUAUUCAGAUAAUGCGGAAUCUCCCUGAAAAGCACCAAACAUUGCUGUUUAGUGCAACUAUGCCGAUAGAAAUUGAGACACUUUCUCAGGUGAAAAAGUACAGAUGUUUUUUAUGUACAAUUUUUGUUUUAUUUUUGAUGUACAUAGUCAGUGUCAUUAUUAUGCCAGUGGGAACUGGGUCACUUACUUUAUUAGCUUUAUCCCCCUCCACUUAAUAUUUCCAUUCUUCUCUGAUCAAGAUUUCGUAGGGGUCAGUCCUGUAAAGUUCUGUUCACACUUGAACUUAGUUUAGCAUUACGGAUGUUUUAUUCUGAACGCCAAGGGAAUUAUUAAAUCUAAUUGUGUUGUGACUGUUAUUUUGCCGAUGGUAUCGUUAUAAUCUUUAUGCAGAGCAUCUGAGAAUUGAGAAGUGUUUAUAGAGAAGAUUGGUGACGUCCAUACUUGGCUCACAUAAGCUCUAGCUGCAGUACAAUUGGCGCAUUAAGUUUUGAAACCCCCAAAUGGAUGAGUUCAUGCCUGACCAUUGGGCAAUUUUUGAAAAUCAUCCUUCUCUUCAGCCUAUAAAUUAGUGGGUCGUUUUAUGUCCCUGGUCCACAGCAUAAGGGAGCUUCUUAGUGAACGCGCUCAUGUAAAAGAUCACCGAAAAGAACACGAUUUUGAUAACCCGGCUUAUGGAUUUCUAUGUUGGGGAGCAGAUGUAAUCAAAACAUAAAAGAGGCCACGCAUAGAGUAAGAGGAUUACAUUUUCUGUCUUCAGGUCUGUAUUCUCCUGCUGAAACUCCAGUUGGUCUUGCAAGAUGUUUAUGAAUCUCGGACUUGCUAAUUCCUUUAAAAAGUUGGGAGGAAUGGGAUUUUAGUGAAUUUUAAGUUGAAGUAAAACAUUGGUUAAUCCUACGUCUCAGUUAUCUGGGUAUUUGGCGUCAUCUGAUUCAUUAUCACACAUAUUUAAGUUUUUUGCUGCGUCAGAUGAAAUCCUAAGUAUCAUGGGAUGUUUUCUGAUCUCUAAUCAUUUAGCCAGAAAUAAGUUGGAAUGGAUUUGACAAAUGGCAUUGGAUAAAUUAAACUUUAGCUUGCUGUUUUUUAUUUCAAUAACAGUUUGAUUCAGUUGUCUAUUCUAGGAAUACAGCUCUCAGAUAGCCUGUACACCUCAAUAUAAUGAACGAACUGGUCGGAAUGUAGUUUGACCUUUUGAAAACAUCUCCAUUGCUACGCAGUUGACUGGCCAUAUAUUCGAUGCAGUUUCCUGUGUUUCUAUUUCAUUAUGAGUAAUAUUAUUCUGUGUGAAAAUUGUGUAUCUACUAGGUGAUUGAUUGGUUUUAACCUUCAAAACUAGAAAAGGUCGGGAUGUUACACUCCUUUCCUGGGUAAUUUAUCUUCAUUGAAUGUCGUUGACAACAUUUUUCAGGAGUACCUGAAAGACCCAGUUCAAGUAAAGGUGGGGAAAGUCAGUAGCCCGACAGCAAAUGUGUCGCAAGUUUUGGAUAAGGUUGCCGAAAAUGAAAAGGUUUGGUUUCUCCAAAAACAGAUCACUACUCUUUUUUUUUUACUUUUCAACACUUGAUUAAAUCUCUUGAAUGUUUUGUAGACUGCUUUUUGGGUGAAAAACAUGAGGAUACCUUAAACAAACGUGUAAGGUAGAUUUCGCAAUGUUUUCUUGACAUGUGUUUCAUGGGAAAGUCAUUUGAAGAUGUACUGAAGCGAGAAAAGGAGUAAUAGACGAGAGAGUGACAAUUUUAUUUUCCAACCUGCAUUGCUUGGAAGGACAUUUUCCUCCCAUAUUCUUUCAAUUAUUUAGGAAUCAUAGUGCAUCUGAAACAUAUUCCCAGGUAUUUAUUUUGAAAAAUUUUAUGGCUCUGGUAGUAAGGCUACUCCUUUCAUCUGCCAUAUUUCUGAACACUGCUGUCUGACAAUUGCAUACAUUCUCUGCUCAUCAUCUCUCGUCUGGCAUGCCAUCAUCAUGUAUCUUUGAAGAUUCUGUACGAUUUUCGUUCGAAGGCAGCCAAAAUGUUCAAGCAAAGUAGAACCCAUUUUUUUGAGAUAAUUAAUGAUCGUUUAUGUCUAUAGUCAGAUGCAAUAUCUUCCUCCUGUUGUUCAUGGGAAACAUCAUUUUGCCCACUGGAUGCUCCUCAAGAUGGGUUUUGAUGUGAAUUUGGCAGAAAAGAUCCAUCUUUGACUGUGGACAGCUCUUUCCGAAAGACGUCUUCUCAACAUGUGCUUAUGAUUAUAUAAUGCAGCUGUUUUGUUUUUUCAGAUCGACGGGCUCCUGUCAUUGCUGGUGGAAGAGGCCUCUCAGGCUGAAAAGCUGGGUCAUCCGUUUCCUCUUACCAUUGUUUUCGUGGAGCGGAAGGUAUUUUCUCUAUGUGAACUUCUUGGAAGUUGUUAUCUGGGUUGGAUCCUGCUCUUGCAAUUCUCCAUGUUUGGACUUUUUGCCUUUCCGUCCAGUCAAUCCGUGUCGAUCAGUUUUAGUCAGAGAUGUCCGUCAAAAAUCUCACUUCAGUUUGGAAAUGACGGAUGUUUGGAGAAUACUCAUUCGCUCAUGUGUAUAGGCUUUCUCUUGCUUCUUCACACACUUCUUUUUCAAGCAACUUUUGAUAAUCCCCUCAGCCCCUGUGAAUCUGUAUGUCCGUCUUCCACUUUUGUCCAUACCCAGAAACUCUCUCUGUCUCUCCCUCUCUCUCUCACACAGACACACUCCACACGUGUGCCUGUGUCUGCGUGCAUAUUUCUAACUCUGUUUGUCUCUGACUCAGAGUUAAAAACUUUUCAGACUAGAUGCGACGAGGUGGCGGAGGCGCUGGUCGCACAGGGUCUGCCGGCGGUUGCUCUUCACGGUGGCCACAGUCAGAAGGAACGGGAAUACGCCCUCAACAAUUUCAGAAAAGGCUCCACAAGUAUCUUGGUACUGAUACCUAAUACCACCAAUCGUCGUCCAUUCCUCUGCAGCCUUCUUCACGAACCCUGAAGAAGCAUUUUUUUUUUUGCCUAAACAUUACAUCUCAUAUGGCCCGAGUGGAUUGAAACACAGGUUGCUACUGACGUCGCCUCCCGCGGUCUGGACGUUGCCGGAGUUUCCCAUGUCAUUAAUCUGGACCUUCCAAAAGUAUAUAAACCUGAACUUGCCCCCUUAAACUAUCGACGAUGUUCUUCUGAUGUUGUCUUCUUUCCGUUUUUUGUCUUUUUUUUUUUUUUGGUACUAAUUACGAAUGCGGCUUCUGCUCUUGGUGCAGACUCUGGAGGAUUAUGUCCAUCGAAUUGGCAGGACUGGGCGAGCAGGAUCCUCCGGUCGGGCCACCUCAUUCUACACAGACCGCGAUAUGGUCCGCCCCUUUUCUUUCCUUGCUGCAUCUCGUUUCUCCGAAAAGAACGAUCAUUUAGCCUUGGUUUUGUUGCGUCUCGCAGUUCCUUGUCGCCCACAUAAGGAAGGCUAUCUCAGAUGCCGAAUCUGGAAAUGCGGUCUCCUUCGCCACUGGGAAGGUAUGGACUGAGCGACGUGAGGCCCCCCUUUUUUUCUGGGUCCGAGGUGUCUAAAGGUCUGGCUUCUUGUCCCCGGUAGACGGCGCGGAAGAAGGAGAGAGAAGCUGCGACUGCGCAGAAGGAAGCGAGGCUGGGCUUGUCUAAGUUGUCGGUCAACGAUCCGGGAGCCAUAAGCGUGGACGACCGGUACCGGUACAUGUUGACGCCAUCGAGUAACAAGAAAGAGGGCGCUGCGGACGAUGCUUGGGAUGACUGA